AUGGACGUGACGGCCAUGACCACAGCCGAAAGGGAUGGUGAAAUGGCUCUAACGCGAAUGAUGAGCAAUAUGUCUUCGUGUCAUGUUCCCGAAGCUCGGGUACUGAUUAUCAUGACUGGAGGCACCAUCUCCAUGCAACGAUCUCCCAACGGUCUUAUUCCUGCCCGAAACUUUCUGGAAAGAUGCAUGGCACCGCGACCGGAAUUCAACGAUGGAGAGACCCACGAUCCAAUGUCCGUGAGGUUUCACGAUGGGCCCGAAGGGCUGGGCGAAUUGCAGAGCUUGCGGACGCCAACAAGCGUGUAUGCCGUACUGGAGUUCGAACCACUUCUCGACUCAUCAUCCAUAGACAGUAAGGGAUGGGCGGAAAUUGCGCAAGCGAUAUUUCGUAACUACAAAUUGUUCGACGGCUUUGUCGUUCUUCACGGCACAGACAGUCUUGCAUACACCUGUUCAGCUCUCAGUUUCAUGUUGCAGAACUUGGGCAAGCCUGUCAUACUCACGGUCGAACACAGCGCUCUUGAGGUGUUGGCGGCGACGGUUGUCAGCACUGGCAUAGAUGACCGCUUCCAGCACGUGCCUUUCUCCGAGCGCAAAAAUGAUGCUCUCGAGAACCUCCUCGACUCCCUGGACAUUGCUGGGCACUUCAUGAUUCCCGAGGUUUGUCUCUGCUUCAACUCGACCCUGUUUCGGGGCAACCGAACCACAAAGGUAUCAGCAAGCGCAUUUGAUGCAUUCGCAUCUCCAAACUUUCCUCCAUUGGCCAAAAUCACUGCAGUCGGUACCCACGUCGAAUGGAACUCGGUCAAAAGGUCAACCUCCCUGGAAGCCUUCAGCAUUCAAUCAGACCUUGAGAUUCACCAUGUGGCCUGUCUGCGCAUUUUCCCAGGCAUCAAACCGAAAAUGGUUGAAGCAGUUCUACGGACCGAGGGACUUCGCGGUCUCGUCCUUGAGACCUUUGGUGCGGGUAAUGCACCCAGUGGCCACGACAAUAAGUUGACCCAGGUCAUAUCUGACGCUGUUCAACGUGGCAUCGUGAUUGUGAACGUCACUCAGUGUCUAACUGGCAGCGUCAACCCGCUUUAUGCGCCUGGAAUGGUCCUUGGCCGAGCUGGCGUUGUUGCAGGCGGAGACAUGACAAGUGAAGCAGCGUUGACCAAACUGUCUUACCUCUUAGCCCUUCCUGGAGCAUCGCCAGAAUCGGUGGCCAAAGACAUGGCAACAUCGAUUCGUGGUGAGCUUUCAGAGCAAGCAGGGACAAUUUUCAAACAUCCGACUGGCGAGUUAUCAUCCCCCGUCACCCAACUGACGGCCAUUGCAUACGCGAUCGCCAGUGGAGAUAAUGAGAAGGUGAAGGACCUCCUUCGAAACGACAACCAACUGAUCAACCGGGCCGACUAUUCCGGAAACACACCCGUUCAUCUUGCGGCAACUGGGCCAAAUAUUGCGAUUCUCCGGCAUCUUCUGUCGCUUGGUGCUUCAGUUCACAUCCGCAACCACACCGGAUCAGGCAGGACACCUCUGUUUCUGGCAGCCAAUGCUGGUUUGUUGCCGCACGUAAUGCUUUUAAGACAGGCGGGCGGACAUCUCCAUGCCGAAGAAUUGGAGACGGCCAGACUCCACGCGAGCCAACGACCAGAGGUGUGGAAACAGGCUGGUCUCGAAGUGCCCUAA